AUGGCUGUAACAGAGAUGAAAGACACUGAAGCAGAUGUGGGGAAAGUGGCAGGCGCCGCCCGCCCGCGGCGCCGCCGCAGCGCCGACGCGCGCCGCCCGAGCGGGGCCCCGCCCCUGAGCGCGGCCGGGGCGCCUGCGCGGGGCGCGCGGCGGCUGCGCGCGGGCGGCGCGCGCGGGGACCGGCCGGGCCGGGCCGGGCACGGCACCGCCGCCCUGCAGGGCAGCCCCGCCGCCGCUCCCGCCUCCUCCGCCUCCUCCUCGCCGCCGCCGCCGCCGCAGCAGCAGCAGCAGCAGCAGCUGACGCUGCUCGUCAUGCAGCCGGGCGGCGGCGAGGAGGGGGCGGCGGGGGUGGUGCUGCAGCCGAGCGCCGACCCGCAGCUGCCGCCCUCCGCUAGCGGCGGCCUCAUGGUGUUCUACGAGCUGGAGGCCCCCGGCGAGAUCGAGGUGGGGGAGGAGGAGGUGGAGUUGGAGGUGGUGGGCGGCGAGAGCACGGCCAGCCUGGAGGAGCUGGAGGAGGAGGAGGCGGCGGCGCCGGGGGCUGCGAGCGGCGAGGCGGCGGCGGGCGGCGAGUGCAAGAGCUGCACGUACGAGGGCUGCAGCGAGACCACCACGCAGGUGGUGAAGCAGCGCAAGCCCUGGAUGUGCAAGCGGCACCGCAACAAGAUCUACAAGGACAAGUACAAGCGCAAGAAGAGCGACCAGGCCCUGGGGGGCGGCGGGGCGGCGGCCGCGGGGGGCGGCCCGCGGGCCGAGGAUAGUGUUGAAGGUUCAGUGUCUGUCACAAAGCAGAGGACAGGAUCCGUUGGAGAUCGCCCAGCAAGACCUACUCUUUUAGAACAAGUAUUGAAUAAAAAGAGACUGUCCCUCCUCAGAAGCCCAGAAGUAGUACAGUUUCUACAGAAACAACAGCAACUGUUAAGUCAACAAGCUUUGCAACAAAGGCAGCAACAGUUUCAAGGAGCACCUGGGUAAUGAGGAAAGAUCAAUGAUCUGUGGAUGAGUGGUGCUGAAGGAGGGACAGGAUCUGUAUUUUGUAUAAAUACAAAGAAUCUCAAUGUUUAAAAAAAAGUUGAAGUUGCUGUUGUUACGUAUUUGUUUCUUGUUUGCACUUCUAAGAUUUUGAGCUGCUUGGGUGUCUACAGAAUUGUAAGCAAAUCAUAGAAUGGCCUGGGUUGUGUUAUGGAAACUUAGCAGUCUGAGUAUUUACAGGACUCUCUGACAGUCACUCUCCCAGGGCCAGAGACUUCAACUUCUGGGACCAAAGCUCCUUUACUGCAGGUAGCUCCAGUGAUCUGACAGGUGCACCACUUGACUCCCUGCACACCUGGCUUGCAGUCAGACCAGGUUUCCUUACUGGUUUGACCCCAGGUGUGACACCUUUUUCCAUAAAGCAAUCUAUUAACAGUGUAAUAACACAGAAACAGCCUGGGUUGGUGCCUCUCAGGAGGGAUCUCAGACAAAGGAGCUCCUGGACUUUUAUACCAUCACAGUUUAAGGCAAGCCUCGCUCUUCCUCUUGAGUCUUCACUUCUGAGUCUUCCAUUCCUGCCAUGUCCCUGUGUCCAUUCACCUGGCUAGCCACUCACCUUCAUGCCUCUUGUUAUGCAAAGAGUUGGCAGUUCACUGCCUCCUUUCUUAGCUCCCACACAGAGCUCAAUUUGCAUCUCAGUCUGCAUCUCUACAGCCUACAAAUCAGCUACCUGCACCAGAUGUAUUCCUUAACAGAUGGAAGGGACCUUGAAAGAUCAUGAAGUUCCAACUUCCCUGCUGUGAACAGGGACACUUUUCAUAAGACCAGGUUACUCAGAGCUCUGCCCACCCUGGAAUGCUUCCCGGGUGGGGGGGGGGGGGGGAGCAGGGUAUACAUACACAACUUUUCUGAGCAACCUGUUCCUGUCCCUGGCUAUCCUCACAGUAAAGAAUUUCUUCCUGAUAUCUAAUAUAAAUGUACUCCCAGUCUGAACCCAUUCCCCUUUAUCCUGUCCGUACAUGCCCUUGUAAAAAGUCCCUUUCCCAUCUUUCCUGUAGGGUCUCUUCAGGUAAUGGAAGGCUACAAUUAGGUCACCAUGAAGCCACCUCUUUUCCAGGCUGAACAAUUCCAAUUCUCUCAGCCUUUCCUCACAGAAGAGGUCUUCCAUCCCUCUAAUCAACUUGUGAUCCGUCUUUGCAUUUGCUGUAACAGGUGGAUGUCCUUCCUAUGUCAUGGGUUCCAGAGGUGGAUGCAGUCUACCAGAUGGGGUUUUCACCAGAGCAGAGGGGCUGUGAUGGGUAGACUUUGGCUGGACAUACAGAUUUAUAAAUUUUCAUUACCUGCUAUCCCCUGUCCUUUCACAGAUAGGUAUUAUUUUCCCAUCUCAAGAGCAUCCCCCACCCAUUCAGAUGUCCAAAAUCAGGCUAUGACUUGGGUUAGAUUCCAUCAAGAUGAGUGCUCAGGACAGGCGAAGCAGCACACUUACAUAUUGGACACCAAUGUUGGCCCUGUGCCUCCCACUCUCCUUAUUCGUCACAAUAUUCAUGCUUCAUCAGUUCAUGUCAUUUUUUGGUGCUUUACUUUUGCAACAUAACAAUUUACACUACAAAUUAUUUCCCCAACAAGGUUAAAUCUCCUUGGAGCACACACUGGGUCUUCCAUCCUUCUGCAUUACCCACCAAGGACACCCAGGUAUUUGAGCAAAGACAGUCUCAUAAAUAAGUUUGCCUUUUUCUAUAGGGAGAGAAAUCGACCCUGAUUUUCCCAGCCAUUUCCCAUGUAUAGUAUUAUCUCCUCCCAGUGUGUAGGGGUUUUGUUCUGGCAGGACCAGGGAGGUUUGCAGAUUUGGUGUUAACCAGUCAAGUCACUUUUGUUAAAUUUAUAUCCCAAUCCUUCCAUGUCCCAUUACCUAACACUCUUAACACAGUCUUCAGCAGUCCAUUAUACCACUCAGUCUUUCCAGAGGCUUAUGGGUGAUAAGGGAUGUGAUGUCCACUCAAUACCUUUUUUCUUUUCCCAGGAGUUUAUGAGGUUGUUUUGAAAAGUAGUCCCAUUGUCUGAUUUGAUUCUCUCUGGGGUACUGUGUUGCCACAAAAUGUGUCUCUCAAGAUCCGAGAUUGUGUUUUGAGCAGUGGCAAUGGUUUACAGGGUUUGUUGCCAGCUAGCCAGUUGUUACCUCUUCCAUGGUAUGUACCAUGUAUUUGGCAUGUUCAUGGCAGUGGUCCAGUUUGCCAGGCCUCAUCAUACUGGAAACCCAGCUGCUGACCUCUAUUCCAGGGAAUGUUUACUUCAGUGGCUUGGUUGAUUGCAGCACAUGCUUUUCAUUCAUGAAUGGUCUAUGCAAUGGCCUCCAUGGUCAGGUCCAUCCCUCAAUGAUGAGCUCAUCUGUCUGUUGCAGCUGAUGUUUCAUGGCCCCAUCAGGUUAUAAAUAGCUCACCUUCCACUCCAAGUGUACCUAAGUUAAUUCAGUUUUGGCAGCCUUAUCUACCUGUUCUUCAGUGGUGUGUUUUUUGGGCAUGUGAACAUCUCCCUGAUAUACCUUUCUAGUCAUGUUUUCAACAUGUGCACUGAUGUCCUGCCCCAAUGCAAGUGCAGUCCAGCCCAAAUGGGUUUAUCCCUUGGUUGCCAAUUGGUCUUCCAUUUUUCCAUCCACCUCCAUAGGGCAUUAGCUACCAUCCAGGAGUCAGGAUAGAGACAGGUCGCUUUUCUCGUUCAGCAAUCUCUAGGGCUAGUUCAGGUGGCUUUCACCUCUGCAAAGUGGCUUGACUCACCUUCUUCAGCAGCCUCAAUGACUUGUCCGCCUCUGAUGGUUUCCUGCCACACAGCAGGAACUGUCACUAAAUAGGGCAUAGUCUCUUUCAUCUUCUGGAAACUCCUUAUGUGGGGGUGCUUCUUGUACACAAAGCUCCUUCUCUGGCAAUGCUCCAAAAUCUUUGCCUUCUGGCCAGUCCAUGAUUUUUCCAGAAUUCCCAAUUGAGCUCAUGUAAUCAAUCAUCUUACUCCAUGUAGCACUGGCUGCAUGAUCUGUUACGGUGAUGUUUCCUUUGAAAUCUGGGGAAGUCUUUUCCAAUUAUUUGUAAACCUUCAUUUUAAUAUUUAAUCUGUUAAUAAAAAUUUGUUUAUGGUAGCAGUGUUUAGUUGUACACCCUUUUCUACCAAAAUUGUAAUAAAUUAACAUUUUUCUAUAUAAACAUUUACAGUUUUGUCUUUGAUGACAAUCAUUGAUGGAAGUCAGUUAAUUUCUAUGGACACUGUGAAACAAAGUUCUGAAGUUGAGCCAGUCCAGUAGCAUUACCUAACAGCAAUUGCUCAGGGAUAGGAGAAAUUUAUGUCCUGUAGAGUCUUGCACUAAAGGCAAAGACAAUGUGCCAUCAGGAAGUCAAUCCAGCAGUUCAGAGAAGUACAAGUAGGUGCUGCGUUUAUUACCUGCAAGUUGAGUAGGUUUGAAAUGCAUGCAUAGCAUGUAAAAAAUUUAAGUUCCUAAAGUGAUAAAUGGCAAAAAGCUUUAAAAAGUAUCAGGUGAAAAGUAUGAAACUGAGAUCUGGACCUUGUUACAUGGAGUUAUUUGAAAUUACUAACUUCUUAUAUAAAUAUAAGAAAUAUAACUUAAUUACAGAUUAGAAUACCACUAAUUUUUAAGUGACUAAAUUAAAUUUUAAAGCUUUUAACUCAUAAUAGUAAAUAAUUCAAAAUCUAAUAUUUUUCUUCUCAAAAAGUUAUAGUUAAAAUUCUUUUAUUAAGACAACAGAUCUCUAAUCAGCUGCAGUACUAGACUUUGCAGGUUAAAAUGACAAUUAAAAUGAACUUGAAAUUGAUUUAGUUAAGAAUCCAAACACUAUAUUAUGUGUUAAAUCCCAUGUUUUAUUUAUAAAAAUAGUUUUGUAUUAAGCCACAUUUCUGAAUAGAGGUUAUCCAAAUGGGUUAGGUGCUUAUUGUCAAGUACUACUUUUAUAUUGCAGCAGUUUGAUCCACUAAAUAGUAUCUCUUCAGCAGUAUUUGUUAGUUUUAUGGAUUUUUACAAGCUCUCUUUUUUGUAUGUGCAGAACUUAUUCUGUAGGGAUUUAUUGUAUUUAGCACUGUGCAAAUUGUUCUUUAAAAAAAACUUGAAAAACUUUAUAUAAACAGUUCUGGACCAAUACAUGAGUAAAAUCUUUGGUUUUUCUUUAAAAACAAGUCUGUUCUUUUCUGUUUUGUUAAAUUUAUAUGAGUUUUUCUUCCUAUGCUAAAACAGCCAGUUCUGACUAAAUGCAUUUUGUGUUUCAAGGUCUUGUUAUAGCAAGUUAUUUUAGAUUUAAGCAUAAUCAGGUUACUUUUCAGUGUAUAAGAAUAUAUGUGAAAAUGUAAUUGGCAAAAAUUGUAGAAUGAUGUAUUUGAUUUUGUUUUAAAUGGUUAAAUUUUAAAAGGUGAACAGCUCAUUUGCGUGGACAGUUCUGAUUAAACUUUUUAAAACCCAAAUCUUCAGGGCAGAAAAUUGGCACAGGGAGUGUUUGUUAAGACAGUGCUGAACAAGUUGUCUGUGUCAAAACAAAUGGCAGUUGCUAAGCUACACAUAGAGAUGUUCAGUAGAAUGCAGCUCACCUAUUCUGUAUUUUUGUAGUCUGUGAUAGCAGCACCAUCAGACUGGUGCAGAUAGUGGGAGAUGUACUGGUAGCAGUGCGCUCCUGUUUGGUCAGAAGAUUGGAUGGGAUUCCCAAGCCAGCACUGUCUGUGUAGCUCUGAGGCCCAUUAUGUUGUCUACUGCCUUCUGUUAUUGCAGAACAAAAUCUGAAUUUUAGAUAGAAGGAAACAUGACGCUUCUCUAGACUACAUUCUUACUAUAUCCCUCUUUGUCCUUGAGCAGUUCAAGAACUGCACAGCUGCAAGUCUGUCCUUCCACUAACUUCAGUCUGGUCCAGGGGCUUCUGUCACAGGGCAGCAUCACUGUUCAUUGAUUGCCUGUCAGAUCAGAGCUGUUCCCAUCAAAAGAAAGCUGAACCAUCCUCUUGAAUCAUCAAAUCUAUCACAGAAUAGUGAGGGAUUCAUAUACUAUACAUGGAGAUUUUAUGCUGAAUUAAUUUUCAGUACAUUUUCUUUUGUCAAGUGUCCCAUUAUUUACUUAGUGCAAUUACUGAUUCCUCUUUUCUAAGACUGAUUUGCAUGAAUAAAGGCUUUCUAAAUGCUCCAGUUCCCAAAAUCACUUGUGGUCAUAUCGGGACCUACAGCCAAUCUCUUUAAAAGAGAAGAAUGGGAGACAACAAGGGAAGGAGCUCUUAAAACAGAAAUAACUUUAUUAACAGUAAAACACAAGACGUGAAUAGUCCCUUUUACAAUAGAAUAAUUCUGGCCAAAGAAAGUGGAGUGCAUUAAAAAGUGUAUUGUUCAGAAUAAAUGUGUUGUCUUCAGAAUGCCUCAAAUCAAACGUAGCAGGAGGAAUGCUUGUAAAAGUGUCCCCUUGGUUAGCAGUCGUUCCAUCUUUCUUGGUACGACAUGGCAUGGAAUAGAGUACUCUGGGGCUGGUUGGAGGACUCCGAGCUGCCCAGAUCCCUCGCACUCCUGAAGCUAUAUCUGUGAUUUUUCAUUCUUCAGAGGCAAGAGCCCAAGUAUUGUUCUUUAUACAGUGACCUACGCUGGUUUACAGAAUGUCACAAACCAUGAGUAAUACUUGUGGAUAGUUCAGAUGUUUUGCUUUGCUUCUGAUGAAAAACAGAGUGCAGAGUUAUUCAUAGACAUAAGUGACUUCUGUUUAUCUAUGGAUGACUCACAGUGCUUUUAUCACCAGAUUGAUAGGUCAUAGUUGACACAACUCCAUAGUUAACACUCCUUGAUCAAAUCCACCAUUUUAGCCCUCUGCAUAGUGCUUUGCAACUUAACUGCUUCAUUGAUCCACACAAAAAGGCCUGUUUCUUCACUUUCUUGUCUCACUUCUCAACCCCAUUUAUAUCACAGAGGUGAUAUGAAAUGAAGAUUUAAAUUGCUAACACCUACUUAUCUGCAGAAAGGCUGUGGUACAUUUAGCUUGUACUUUAAAAGUAUUAUAAAUAAUUAAAAACUCCAAUUGCUUGAGUAAGUAAAGAAAAUUUAUCUGAA